CUCGCGUUCAGGACGCCUCUGCCGCGGCCGAAUGUCUGCAGGGGGCGGGCCUGCGCGGCGGCUCCGCGCGUGACGCAUGCAUUGGAUCGUGCGUCCCCUGAGUCCAGACUGCGAGGGCAAGGGUAUGGAUUUGGUCGUCGUUCGUGAACAUCGGCAUGACGCGCCACGUCCCACGUCACCUGUAUGGCGGGUGCCCGCGGACUCGGAGAAGUACUGCGACGACGUCUACGAGUACAGGCGGGUGACUGUGCCGCGUGGCAUGCUGCAGGUGCUUCCGCAGGGGAGGUGCAUGAACGAGGCCGAGUGGCGGGCUCACGGUAUCACCAUGUCCCGCGGUUGGGAGCACUACGAUUUCCAUUCUCCAGAGCAGAACGUGCUUCUGUUUCGCAGGGUACUGGGGACCGACCCAAAGACAGGGUUGGCUCCUGCAGAUAUGAUCGAGAAGGUCCGUACCCGUGAAGCAUUCACCGCGGAGCUGGAGCAGUUGCGGCAGAGGAUGGUCGCAGACCUAUCGCGUAGGCUGGAUCAGCCUGUUGCAAAUCAGUUUUGA